UUUACUAAUGCUUAAUAACUUCAAGAGAUGUAUGCUAGCAUUAACUUAAUUUAAGUGAAGCGUUGUUAUACGAAAAUUAGUACCAGUAUGAUGUUAUUUAAAAGAUUAUUUGAAGUCCGGAAGACUAUAAGAAGUAUUAAAAUGUUAAUUUGUGGUCAAAGUUAUUCGUGACCGAGAUAAGCUCAUGCCAACUCUACGCUGCUACGUGUAGCACUGCUACGCUACAUGUAGCAAUGCUACGCUACAUGUGGAAAUGCUACGAUACUCGUCCGUAGUACAAUUGUAGGGAUUUCUGGUCCAAGUGACUGGAUAAAAGUUUUGGGCAUUAUUAUUAAUUACUAUGGGUCCUCAGGUCCGCGAUGCGUCGUACGGGUCAUCCUCGGAGUCAGACGGGGAGGCGGAGGGCGCGAGCGGAGAGCCGUGGGGAGUCGCACGGCUGCUAUACGCCGGCCUCGCCACGCUCGCGGUCGGGCUCGUCGUGUAUUUCGUUGGAACCGGCGACAAGGGUUUCAAAACUCCAGCGCUUCGCCUAGUGGGCCCCUCACUGAUCGUAGCGGGGCUCGCGUGUUGUCUGCUGCGUAUUUUGUUUUGCAUAUUUGCGAAGCCCUGCUGUCGACGACGAACAAACUACAAGGAGAACAGAAGGUAG